AUGCUCAGCAAUGUUGAUGAUGUGGCACAUUGCAUCUCACAGUGGGGUGACAAAUUGUGGUCAUUUGUCCCACUCAACAUACCAGUAUAUGCAACAUCUGCUAGAAUGAGCCCAUCUGUCCUUGCUGAAGUCUGCCACAUUCUACACAUCAGUUCAGCCAAAUCAUUCUAUCUCAAUCUAGGAAAUCAUUGGAUCAAUGUCACACAAGAAUGCAAAAUCAUACCAAAUAUUACCAAUAUCAGCACUCUGGACUUUGUUUGUGAAGGCAUGGAGAGCAGCAAUGAUCUUCUGCACACUCUGAUUUUCAUCAAUAAAGUUCUAGACAUACUACAGCACUUCCAAGGUGGUCAGACCAGAGUCCUCAUUGUGAUGGAGAUCAGUGGCAUGGUAAGCUCACGUCCAUUGGUGUGCUGCUGUCCUUUGACCAUAUGGCAACAGCAUGCAGGUCAUGUAGGGCAGUCUUCUCAUGUACAAGUGUGGGCAAUUCUGUUAGUCAAGUCAUCUGCCUUGCAAUGUGUCAGUUCCAAUGAGGUGGAAAUUGUUGAUGGCAAAAAUAAUGAAGAGGAAGACAUGGCCUACCAUAAGAAAGUGGAACCUGCACUGCAUGAAUGGGUUGAGACUUAA